UGCAGCUGUGUGGGAUCAGAUCUUGGAUCCAGUGGCUCAGAUGAGAUUGUCCAGUGGAACCCUGAAGCUGUUUCCUGCUUAUCUGAAAGGAGAAGAUCUGUUCGGUUUAACUACGUCUGCAGUGAUCAGGAUCAUAGAGUCUUUACCAGGUGUGGAGGCCUGUGGACGUUACAGCUUUCGUUAUGGCAGGAACCCUCUCAUGGAGUGGCCCCUGGCGUUCAGCCCGUCAGGCUCCGCCCGCUCUGAGCCCAAAGCCUCCCAGGCAAAGAGACCGUACCUGCUGACCAGCAUCGCUCCCAGGUGUCAGGGCUCAGUGGGCUCCAUCGUGGGUCUCGUUCCUGGCGUCAUCUCGCUCUCUCCAGGAGAAUCUGUGGCUAGCGCUCACCAGGGACGCCACUCGAAGUCAUCUCAGUACCGACGCAUGAAGGCCGAGUGGAAGAGCAACGUUUACCUGGCUCGCUCCCGCAUCCAG